AUGGAUCAGUUUCAGGAGGAACAGAAAAAUGUUCAACAGACUCUGGACCAAGUCAGAGAUCCAGAGAUUCCUCCUUACCUCAAUGACCUCGUUGCUCGGGCUAUAGAGGUUGGGGUAACAGCUGCACUUCGGAAUCAACCACCGGUUCAGCAGGCACCUAUACCAACACCGGUUGUUCAGACUAAUACUUGGGAGACGGCUAAGAGUUCUUUCUCAAAGGGGAGUCCACCUGUGUUCUCAGGCUCCACCGAUGCGAAAGCUGUUCACCAGUGGAAACGGGACAUUGAGCGUCAUCUUCGCUUGGUUCAGUGCACGGAGGUUCAGAAGCAGAUGCUUGCUACCUUCAAGCUGGUUGGGGAUGCACUACAGUGGUGGGAGUCAGUUAUCACUGUAGAGGAGAGGAUGACAUUGAGUUAUGAUCAGUUCAGUACUCGCUUUGAUGAGAAAUAUUUUCCCUAUGCAGUCAGGGCAGCUAUGAAGACCGAGUUUCUUAUUCUGCAACAGGGAAACAUGACAGUGGCAGAGUAUGAGCAGCAGUUCACUUGCUUAUCUUUGUUUGCAUAGGAGGAGGUGAAUACGGAAGAGAAGAAGCGCAACAGUUUUGUGAAGGGACUGAUGUGGUAGAUCAAGAGAGCUAUUAUAGGCAAUCCAGCCUAUACUACAUAUGCUCAGGUGGUGGACGCUACUUUGCAGCAGUAUCAGUUGACUAUGGACAUCAGACAGGCCAAGGGUGAGAAACGGGGUGAUAAAGACUCUGCUAAUCAGUCAGCUGAGAGGGAAAAUGGAAAUAGUUAUCGACAGAAUGACAAGGGCAAGUUCCAAGGACAACAGCCUUGGAAGAAACACAAGGGUGGUACAGAUGAUAACAAGGAUGUGGCACCUAUUCAGGGGCAGCCGAAUAGGGGACCGCAGACAGGACAAGGUCAGCCACAGGCUAACAGACAGAGGAGGCCAUUUGGUACUUUCCAGGGUAGUUGCUACACUUGUGGAGAGUAUGGUUAUAUCUCCAGGCAGUGUCCUAAAGCAGGACAGGAACAGGGGCCGCAUGUGCAGCAGGGGCAGAGGGCGCCAGUACCUUUACUCGCUCCACAGGUACCCCGGAUUCAAGGACAGAGUUAUCCGACUUUACCGGCACCGCCGCAGCCUCAGGGACAGGCACCGCAGCAGUUGCACUAUGGCAGGGUGUACAACCCCAUGCCACAGGAUAUGUAGGCAGCUCAGGCUAUUGAGGGUACACGACAGUUCCAGACUUAAACGUGUUCGUGCUGAGCAGAGGUCUCUAUUCAUUCUUCCGAUAACGUAGGAUUCUCUCCAUAGCUUUAUUUCUGGAUGUUUAUUACAGUUGUUUUAUCUUCCGUUUGGAUGUUUAAUAGGGGUCCACUAGAGAUGGAUUCCCGAGUUGUAAACUGAAGGAGUUUUGGGGUUUGGGUUAUCAGAUUCUAAGUAUUUAAUUAUAAAGGAUUUUACUUUUAGUU